AUGACGCACGUGCUCAGUGGCGAUAAAAAUGAGGGAGGAACCUCAGGGACGGAAAGCUUCGAUUUGGCCUUCAAAGUCGUAUUGGACGAUGAUUCUGACCCUGCAUCCCCGAGAAGUAUGUCGAGUCCCCGGAAAUGGUUCAUCGUGACAACCAUUUGUACAGCAAUUGUUUGCGUAACCUGCACCAGCUCAGUAUAUACCACAACCUACAGCCAACUCAGCCAAGAGUUCGCAGCUACCCGGCUUGUCUCUGCCACUGGACUAUCCACUUUUGUCUUUGGUAUCGCAUUCGGGCCUUUGCUCUCUGGUCCAUUGAGCGAGCUCUUCGGCCGGAAGCGAGUCUACCUUGUGGCGUGGCUCACCUUCAUAAUAUUCACAAUUUCAUCUGCCGUAGCGCAGAAUAUGAGCACUCUCAUCGCCACUCGCUUUUUCGCUGGGUUUGGCGGUAGCACAUUUCUAUCAGUCUCUGGCGGCACGGUUGGGGACAUCUUCGCCAAAGAUGAAUUGCAAAAGCCCAUGUCGUUGGUGUCGUUGGCACCCUUCAUAGGCCCAUCAUUAGGUCCCUUCUUGGGCGGAUUCAUCAACUAUCAUCUGCAUUGGAGGUGGACCUAUUAUAUUAUGCUGAUAUGGUCAGUCCUGACCUUCCUUGCAAUCCUCUUCAUUCCCGAAACGUUCCAUUCAACUGUGUGCGAGGCCAAAGCACGCAAGCUCAGGAUUGAGACGGGAGAUAUGAGGCACUGGGCACAAUCGGAGACGACUCGCCAGUCAAGCCCGAAGACGAUAGCCCUCGCUCUUUUACGGCCUUUUCAACUAUUUUUCCUGGAGCCAAUGUGCUUUUGCUUGAACAUUUACUCGGCCAUCUUGCUGGGAAUCUUGUACCUUUUCUUUGGAGCAGUUCCUCAAAUCUUUCGUACCAACUAUGGCAUGAAUCUUUGGCAGAGUGGACUUUCAUUCCUCGGCAUAAUCAUCGGUAUGGCAUUGUCACUUCUCACUAACCCCCUUUGGAUUCGUAUACGGACACGGCUGGUCGCCCGACAUAGGGAAGAAACAGGCAAGGACGACACAAGUGAGCCAGAGUAUCAGCUACCACCGGCGAUGGUGGGAGGUGUCUUGAUACCAGUUGGCCUGUUUUGGUUUGCAUGGACGAUCCAAGGGACAAUUCACUGGAUUGUUCCUAUAUUGGGUUCUUCGUUCUUCGGCUUCGGGGUCAUCUUGGUAUACAAUGGCAUUUUUACAUUUCUAGUAGAGGCAUAUAGCCAAUACGCAGCAUCAGCUCUCGCCGCAAAUGGCUUCGCCAGGGCAUUUCUUGCAGCUACGUUUCCGUUGAUUCAGAUUCCCAUGUUUGACCAGCUUGGCUACUCGUGGGGCACAACUGUCCUGGCAUUUUUGACUGUUGCCAUUAUGCCAUCCCCGUGGCUAUUCUUCAAAUAUGGCAAGUUUCUGCGCAGCAAAAGCAAGUUUGCUUCGACGCCUUGA